AAUAGUAAUAAUGUGGCACAUCAUUUGUAAACAGUAGAAAUGUCCUGCUAACCAAAAUAAGAGGAUAAACAUAAUAUUUAGGAAAUGAAAUAUUAAAGACAAAUAUCUGUCACCUAAAAUAUCACUGUCUAAAACUUUUUGUGUUUGAGUCGGAAUGGUUGACGUCACUGAAACUGACCCAUUUUAUUUAUCGUUAUCUUCUUCACCAUUGCGUUUUGAGGCGGUUAGCAAAGUGACAAAUGUUUUUUUCGAUGAUUCAAACAAGCAAGUGUUUGCAGUUCGGUCGGGUGGUGUGACGGGUGUGGUUGUGAAAGGGCCCAAUGAGCAGACUAAUAAAAGUUUUCGAAUGGAAGACAAGGGCCCCGUCAUUUCCAUCAAGUUUUCCCCGGACCAGCAGGUGUUGGCGAUCCAGAGGUCAAAGACAUCUGUGGAGUUUGUGAAUUUCCUGGGCGAGAUGGAUCCGCUCGAAUACUCACAGAGCUGCAAAGGAAAAAACACUGUUAUCCUUGGUUUUGUGUGGACUCACACUAAUGAGAUUGUGUUCGUAACAGAUCAUGGUGUUGAGCUUUACCAGGUGGUGCCCGAGAAGCGAGUGCUGAAGCUCCUCAAGUCCCUCAGCUACACCGUCAACUGGUACGUGUUCUGCCCGCAGAGCAGCCUCAUGCUGCUGUCGCUCAGCGCCCUCGGCAACCAGAUGCAGCCGCUGCACUUCCGCCCGGCCACCAUCAACAAGCUCACCAAGCUGGAGAUUGAGCUGCCGGUCGUGCCGAAGGCCCCCAAGCUGUGCCUCUUGGAGCGGGAUGUGACUCUCGCCGUGCUGUACGGCCAGCCCAGCGUCGUCGUGCUGCGCCACCACCCGCGCGGCGUCAGCUCCCCGGGCGCCGAGGUGGUGGUCUACACCGUCCACAAGAUGUUAAGUGCCAAGAGGAGCCAUGUACUGAGGCUGGAUAUGGGCGGUCGUUUUGCUGUAAAUGUUGUCGAUAACCUUAUCGUUGUUCAUCAUCAGGCAUCUAAGACAUCAAUGCUGUUUGAUGUGAACAUGAAGGGUGAGUCAGAUGGGUGCGUAACCUAUCACCAGCCUGUCGCGGCGCCACGGCCAAUCAAGCCAUUCAGCCUCCGUCUGCCCGUCGCAGCCGCACAAGUCCUGUCUGAGCCAGCAUACAUCAGUUGUGAGCUCUAUUCCCCAAACUGGGUGGUGUUCCAGCCAAACAUUGUUAUUGAUGCAAAACUUGGAUGUCUGUGGUACGUUGAACUGAAUCUGAAACCUUUGAUCGGCCUGAUCCCAGACAAGUGUCUUCUUGUAGACUUCUUGAUGCAAAGGAAAAAUUCAAAACCAGUUUUAAUGCAGGUCCUCCAAGACAUUCUGGCUCCCACCGAUCACAACCGAAGUCACCUCGUGGCUAUUGCAGAGUUGUUUGACCACCUGAACGACGUCUACAGAAACUACCUCGAGGUGGAGAUGAUGAGCCAGAUGGGCACCCCUGCCACGUCGUCACUGGGCAUGACGCCCCCCAAGGUGGCUGCUCCCAGCCAACAGAAGGCACAAGUCGUGAUCGACCAGGCGGACAUGUACACAAACGUCUUCUCGCGGUUUGCCGACUGCCGCAGGGAGGACGGUGACAAUGGCAGCUCCAAGUUCGUGGUGUGGGUCCUGCUGGAGUACAUCCGCUCCCUCACGGACUACCAGAUCCCGGUGCAGCACUACAUCCACGAGCUGCUCAUCAACUCGUUGGUCCACCACCGCGCAUACUACCAGCUUCACCAGCUGUUGCAGUACCACGUGGUGUCGGACUCCAAGCCGCUGGCGUGCUUGCUCCUCUCGCUGGAGAACCUGUACCCUGCGGCCCAUCAGCUCGCCCUGGACAUGCUGAAGCGCUUGGGCACGGCCAACGAGGAGAUCAUAGAGGUCCUGCUCUCGAAGCAACAGAUCUUACCUGCGCUCAGGUUUGUCCGCAGCACGGGUGCCAUAGACCAGGUGUCCGCAAGGAAGUUCCUUGAAGCAGCAAAGUCAGCCGGUGAUACAACUGUGUUUUACGCAGUUUUCAAAUUCUUUGAACAGAGGAACCUCAGAGUGAAAGGAACCGCUGCUUUUUCCAAAGGUGAACACUGUGAUAUUUAUGUCAAACACUUCCAAGAACUUUUUACGGAGACAAAUGCAAACCAGGAAAUUUAGAUAGCACAAGUGGAAAUUACCUACUGAUAAUGGAAACUAGGUGAACACUGUGAUACGUACAUGCAACUAACAAUUCAAAAACUUAUAAGGAAAUGAACAGAAACCAUAAAAUAUGUAUGGUGUAAGUGAAAAUGAUUAAGAAUGAUCAAAAGAACAUAACUGCGGCUCAGCAACUUGUAAAUAGUAAAUGAACUCUCAAAGUUUCCACUAUAUGAAUGGAAAGUGAUUUAAAAAUUGUACAUUUCAGUUUUUAUUAUAUUAAAGGACAACAUUUUCUGAUUAUUUAAGUUAAAACACAAAAUUGUACAUCUUUAUAAAUAAUAUUUUGAUUGUUAUUUAAAUAGUUUUCAAAAAUAAUUAAUGAUCAUACUUUGAAAAAGUCAACUGUUUUCUGUGUUUCAUCAUGCCCUUACAGCUGAUCUAAUCUUUUUGUAUUGUGUAAACAUAUCCCUGAAAUACAUAGGUACAACAAUUUAGUGACAAGAAUUAAAACCCUUUUUUUUUCU